AAAUAUUUUUGCACAAUAAAGUCCAGAGCCCGACCACAUCAUUCUUCUCUACCCCUUUGUUAUUUUGAAAUUUCAAUUAUAAACGCGCUUUUCAGCGAGAGAGAGGAGAGAGGAGAGAGAAAGAGAAGAGAGAGAAAAAUAGAGGGCGACAUGGAUUCGCCGUCGUCGACGACGCGGAUCAGCGCGCGAUCGUCGAUGAUCGAUUCGUUCAAGAGCUGCACCCUAUCGGGGAUGACAAUUGAUAAGGAGGACCUGAAGAAGAAGCUCUUGAUGCCGCAGUACCUCCGGUUCGCCAUGCGCGAUUCCAUACGGUUAAAGGACCCAAGCGCCGGAGAGAGCCGCCUUCCGGGAAGCCGAGACCUCGUCGCCACCGCCACCGCUGAAAAUGACGACCAGACGCCGCCGGAGUCACCCAUGGUUGUGUUUAUAAAUCCGCGGAGUGGCGGGAGGCAUGGGCCUAUGCUCAAGGAGAGGCUCCAAAUGUUGAUGGGUGAAGAACAGGUUUUUGACCUCUCAGAUGUGAAGCCUCAUGAAUUCGUUCAGUAUGGAUUGGGUUGUCUAGAGUUAUUGGCUGAUCUUGGUGACAUUUGUGCGAAAGAGUGUCGUCAAAAGAUCAGGGUUAUGGUUGCGGGGGGUGAUGGUACAGUCGGUUGGGUAUUAGGUUGCCUAUCUGAACUAAAUAGACAGGGUCGGGAACCAGUUCCUCCGGUAGGAAUUGUUCCACUUGGCACGGGAAACGAUCUGUCUAGGAGUUUUGGUUGGGGUGGUUCAUUCCCUUUUGCCUGGAAAUCAGCCAUUAAAAAAACUCUAUUCAGGGCUACUGCAGGUCCAAUAUGCCGUUUGGAUAGUUGGCAUAUUGUGUUGUCAAUGCCAGCUGGUACAGUUAUGGAUCCACCUCAUUCUUUGAAGGCUACCGAAGAGUGCACUCUUGAUGAGGGUUUGGAAAUUCAAGGGGAUUUGCCUGAGAAAGCAAUUUGUCACGAAGGAGUGUUUUACAAUUACUUUAGUAUAGGAAUGGAUGCACAAGUUGCUUAUGGAUUCCACCAUUUACGAAACGAAAAACCCUAUCUUGCACAAGGUCCAGUUUCAAAUAAGUUGGUGUACUCUGGUUAUAGUUGCACUCAAGGUUGGUUCUUCACACCUUGCACAAGUGAUCCAGGUUUAAGGGGACUAAAGAACAUCCUAAGGAUGCAUGUCAAAAAGGUUAAUUGCUCAGAAUGGGAGCAGAUUCCAGUGCCAUCAAGCGUAAGGGCUAUUGUUGUUCUAAAUCUUCAUAGCUAUGGGAGUGGAAGAAAUCCAUGGGGUAAUCUGAAACCAGAGUACUUGGAAAAGAGAGGCUUUGUGGAGGCCCAUGCUGAUGAUGGUCUUUUAGAAAUUUUUGGCCUUAAACAAGGAUGGCAUGCAUCUUUUGUUAUGGUUGAACUCAUCUCUGCCAAGCAUAUUGCUCAGGCUGCUGCAAUUCGGUUGGAAGUUAGAGGUGGGGAGUGGAGAAAUGCAUAUAUGCAGAUGGAUGGGGAACCAUGGAAGCAGCCAAUGCACGAGGAGUUUUCCACACUAGUGGAAAUUAAGAGGGUUCCGUUUCAAUCAUUGAUGAUCCAUGGAGACAAUCACUGAGAUGAUGAAUGAAGACUAACUUUACUAAGUUGGCCUUCCUACUCUGGUUUGAUUCCUCCUUUAUUGCUGUCUCCCUCAUGGCUGUGAAGUACGUAAAGUGCGCUAUCACCCGAAGGCUUGUAAAUUGUAAUUUAUGUGCCUAUACUUGUUUGUAUUUGUCAAUUUAUUCAAGUCAAUGUCAGUCAUAAUCUCCAUGAUUUUCUCCUUUUGAGCUGUAACAACUAGCUUACAUUAGUGAGGUACCACUUUCCAGAUUUAUUAGCAAUUAAGCCAAAAAAGUCUCAUAUGUAGAGUUCGAAUGAUGAUAAUAUUAUUAGCUGUGCUGAUUAAUUGAAUGGUCUUAAAUAUAAAUCUUUUCUUUCUAA